AUGGGGAAGGCCGACAAGGCGAAAAUCACACGUUCUAGAAACGGGUGUUUGACUUGCAAGAGGAGAAGACGGAAAUGCGAUGAGACAAAGCCGCAUUGUUUGAAUUGUAUCAACUCCAACAGAAUAUGUGAAGGGUACGCUAUCAAAUUUGUCUUUGACGUUGACUCGAAGCGUAAGCAGAGUUGUAAGGGGGGUCUAUCAAGUACCGCCAAGAUGGAGAACGUGGGCAUCCCAUUACACAAAUCCGUCAGCGAACCCGUCAAAUCCAUCCCAGAAUCGCUUUCUCCUUUACUGAACAGUUUUCCCAUUGAACCAGCCAAUGGGGAUGAAAAUGGGCUUGAUUUCAAAGAUGAUGAACAAUUUGAACAUGCAUUUCUCUCGGGACUAGACUACAUUCUUGGGAACUGCGAUAACGAGCUCUUGAACAACUUGGAGUUUGAUGUGACCCCAACACCGCCAAAGGAUGAGACCUUCUUUUAUUCGGAUAACUUGGAGAAUGACAAAUCCACCAUGAGGCAGCUCGAGAAGAAGGAGGAAAACUUCAUAUUGAAGCAUUUCUUUGAGAAAGUCAUCUUCUUGCUUGACGCACAUCCUCAGAACCCGUGGCCGCAAUUGAUGAUGAAAUUCGGUAGUAUGGAUCUAGCCAAAUCCUGCUUUCUAUCUCUAUCGUCGAUGCAUCUAUAUGUCAAUAAUGGUGGUGAUGAGUUUUAUAAGAACGGACUACUACAUAUCAACAACACAAUGGAGUACCUUAUCAAGUAUGUCAAGACGAGUGGUGGGAAUCAAAGCGCAAAGAUCCCAAAUGAGAACGAAGAUGGGCUCGAUAUCAAGAAGAUAAUAUCAAAGAUUAAGUCUGAAUCCAACAAGAAAAAGAAAAGUACUGAUUUUGUAGUAAUCCUGUUGCUAUUGUAUGUGCAUCUCUUAUUUGCCAUUCUAGAAAGCGGCAGGUCUGCUUUGGCUAGGAUGUUUCUUAAGUUGGCUGCCUCUAUUGCAAGUGAACCAAUGUUUAACGAAAAGCUACAACAAAUUGAACAAUCGCAAACAUUUCUUUGUGUGAUUUCCUGGUUCGAUACUGUCUCCGCAUUGGUAUCGCCAGACUGCCGUAUACCUUAUUGCGAUCCAAAAUGGUUUGGUGAAAGUAAAGAAAACAUAUCAACGGAUAAAAUGAAUGGAUGUCCAGUUGGGAUGUUCAGGGUACUAUAUGACUUGUCGUUGUACAGAAAAGAAAUCAUGUUGAUGUUUGACGAGCAACAGGUCUUUCUACAAGAUAUUAAACUGAUGCAUAAAAAAUUGAUGGAUUUAAGAGACCGUCUUUUGCAUUAUAGAGACCAUGUGUUAUUGGAACUACCACAUAGUUCGCCCUUUACAUUUAUCGACCGAUUAAAAUGUGCACAACUGUGGUCCUUGGCUGGAAACUUGUUGACCAUCCAGUUGGAAAUGCAUUACUUUAAGAAUUUACGAUUUUGGAUUGAGCAAAAUAGGAGCAUUAUUCUAAAAAGUGAUUCUCCUGAUUCUAUACCCUUAAAUCAAAUCUACACUGACCGUGCAACAAAAAUGGUUACAGAGUUUCUCUUUGUCUAUAAAACCAUAUCACCGUCAUCGCCAAUAAUCACACAGAUGAUUUGGCCCAUUUUCUAUGUCGCUGUGAAUUCCUGUACUAAGGAGAAUCGACUGCAAUCUUGGGCAGCGUUGGAAACUCUUUAUGAAACUGUAAAAAUGGGGACAAUAAAGAGCCUCAUGGAUAUAGUAGAAACUGUUUGGACUAAAGGUUGCAGUAUAGAAUCCGUACUUGCCGGACCCGGAUGGCUAGAGAAUGGCAUAGAUAUGCUACCAUGUUGA